AUGUCAGUUGCUUUUCGACUCCUAUUCAUUUUGUGUUUCUCUAUGCAUCGUGUAAUAUCGACAUCGCACUCCAAGUUUGUGGAAGACAUGAACGGUUACAGAAGCGCAUGUAAAUCGAUAGGAUGGGAACCAAAGCAAGGUUGUAAAAUCAGUGUUAUUGCGUUUCAUGCAAGUCUGAAAAAUGACCUCUCGAAUGUUCCUGUGAACACGAUAAUUAAAUUCGAAAAGGUAAAAUUGAACAAAGGUAAUGGGUAUGACCCUGCCACAGGAGUAUUCAUUGCACCAGAGGACGGGGUGUAUUCGUUCGCCUGGUCUUUUAUUACGAGUAAAGGAGGCACAGUGUACCUUGCUGCUGUUGUUGACAAUCAGGUUCAGGCUAAUACUUGCAUUGAUAACCAAAUGAGUCGUCACGUAAAUGCGUCAGGACACCUUAUCGUCGAGCUCAGAAAGGGGAAAAAAGUAUGGCUCAAAACAAUGUACCAUUCUUCAACGAACAUUCAAGCCCUAUACUUCACAUACUUUUCGGGACACAAAAUUAAUUCCAGUUGAACUGAAAAUGGGUUCGCCUAACUUUUUGAUAUACCUGGAAUUUGAUUUAAAAUAAAUCAUAAUUCUAAUUAUCUUUGUUUUCUUAAAUAUUAGGUAAUGUUUAUGAAUUUUAUAAGUUCUGAAUGCUUCCGGAAACAAAUCAAAUUAAAAAGGAAUGAUAUGAAAGCAGUGCUUUUGUCAAAAGUCCCCAAACUUAGUAAUACAAAGAUGUGAAUUAAUUGAAUGCCUUUAACAAUUUCAAGGGUCAAAACCUAAACGUUUAUUAGAAGUUCACUUACAUUACAAAAAAUACAGCUUUUGUGCAAGCUAUGGAUGCUGUGUACAUAUAUUUAAAGAAUGAAAAGAUGUAGAUAUAUUUAAAGAAUGAAAAGAUGUAGAUUCGUUUUAAGAACGAAUUAGUGCACGUCUUGAUCAAUGAAAUGUCAAUAUAUCACAUGUAACCACUUGAAAGCCAUUUUAAAUACAUCUUGAUUUAUGUUCCGAUUUCUGAAUUAUUUUCUGCAAUGGCAUAACAGGAAUUAUAUUUUGAAAACGGCUCACACUUCACAAUUUGAAUAGUUGUAUUUUAGAGGAAAGAGCAGCCUAAAAAAUAAAAAUAUGUCAAAAAUACUCACGUACAGUACAGUCUCGUGAAUUGCAAAUUAUUUGUUUUUAAUGAAAGAAAAAAGUAUAAGGACAACAGUUAGCAGUCCUACCUUAACCAUGCAAUGAACGAAACAUCACUAGUUAGAGCAUAUUGUUCUUUCAUACAGGCAAGAAUUGCCUAUGCCAUUGUCUUCCACCUAGAAAAGUGGUCAGUUUGAUAUAUGAUAACUAUAUAAGGUAACGAGAAUCUGAAUUAAAAUUCC